AUGGGAAACCAAGCGUCAAAGGAAGGAGGAAGCUCCAAGGGCUCGAACGGCGCAUCGGGCGAUCGUGUUGACGAACUGCGAUCGUAUCCCUCGUUCGGAAAAUCCGAUACCAAAGAGUCCUCCCGCUCCUUCAAAAACCUCCGAUCCAAAAUACCCGGCGGUGGGAAGACGGACAGCCCGCGAGGCUCGGCGAUCAUGUCUAAUGGGGAAGGAUACGCCGAUAAGUCGGAUGCUGCAUCUGUAAAAUCUGCACGUAGUAGCAGAUCGAGAGCUAGUCGUGCCGAUUCCAUUGCCUCGCCGUCGUCUCCUAGAUCGCCGGAUGUAUCGAGCCCGCAGCUCGACGACUCGCAACCACCUCCCUCUCCUGUCCAGUCAGCUUCUAUUCGAGCUGGCCACGGUGAUAUACAUGCUGCACAAGCUUCCGGUGAAGUUGAUCAUGUAUCUGACCAACCGCCCUCUGGGGUCGUGAACCCCAAUCCACACAUACAGCAGCAACCUGGAGCACCUAUUUUGGUUAGGAGGGAGAAUACCAUUAACCCAAUUAUCUCUGUACCAGGAACGCCUUCGAACGAAUCACCGGUGGGUGGAGUUGCUAUGAGUGACAUCAAUGAUAUCGACCUUGAUGAUUUCAUUAAGCGCCUCCUGGACGCCGCAUACGCUGGAAAGGUCACGAAGAGCGUCUGUCUCAAGAACGCCGAAAUCGUUGCCAUUUGCCAGAGAGCUCGCGAAUGCUUCCUAUCCCAACCCGCAUUGCUUGAGCUCGAUGCGCCAGUCAAGAUUGUUGGCGACGUUCACGGCCAAUACACUGACCUAAUUCGCAUGUUCGAGAUGUGCGGAUUCCCACCAAGUGCUAACUAUCUUUUCCUCGGAGAUUACGUCGACCGAGGCAAGCAAUCCCUGGAAACCAUCUUGCUCCUACUAUGCUAUAAGCUCAAGUAUCCCGAGAAUUUCUUCCUCCUGAGGGGCAACCACGAAUGCGCCAAUGUGACGAGGGUCUACGGCUUUUAUGACGAAUGCAAGCGACGAUGCAACGUUAAGAUUUGGAAGACGUUUAUUGACUGCUUUAACACUCUUCCAAUCGCAGCUAUUGUUGCAGGAAAGAUUUUUUGUGUCCACGGUGGUCUAUCACCAGCGCUUAGCCAUAUGGACGAUAUCCGCAACAUUGCUCGCCCUACCGACGUUCCCGACUAUGGUCUACUCAACGAUUUGCUUUGGUCCGACCCCGCCGACAUGGAAGCGGAUUGGGAAGCCAACGAAAGAGGCGUUAGUUAUUGCUUCGGGAAAAGAGUCAUCACCGAUUUCCUCGCUACCCACGAUUUCGACCUUGUCUGCCGAGCGCACAUGGUUGUCGAAGACGGAUACGAAUUCUUCAACGACAGGGUUUUGGUCACGGUCUUUAGCGCUCCGAACUACUGCGGCGAAUUUGAUAAUUGGGGAGCUGUUAUGUCCGUGUCUUCGGAGCUCUUAUGUAGCUUCGAACUUCUAAAGCCCCUCGACUCUUCCGCGCUCAAGAGCCAUAUUAAGAAAGGCAGAAACAAACGGAACAACAUGCUAAACAGCCCGCCUGCGGCCGUGUACCCCCAGAGUGUGUAA